CCCUCCGGGCUACGCCGCUCCCCAGUGCUCCGGGCUGCUAGGCUGGUCGGAGCCCUAGGCCGCCUCCACGGGGACCUCUGAGCACGCAUGGACCUGCCCGCGCCCGGCGGGAAGCGGCCAGGCUGGAGGUGGCCGGGGCGGCGGGGCAGGGCCGAGGCAGCGGGCCCGUGAGCGCGCGCCCUGCAGGCCUGGCCGCAGCACCAUGAUGCCCGGCGAAACGCACCCCGCGGCGCCGGGGCCAGCCGACCUCGCGCGGUGUCAGGGUUGCGCCUCCCUGCAGCAGAACUUAAAUGAAUAUGUUGAAGCAUUAAUUGCCUUGAAACAGAAAAUUAUUAAUACAGAUAACCUGCUGACGGAAUAUCAGAAGAAAUGCGACGAACUGCAGUUUGCAAGAAGAGAGAACAGCAUGCUGCAUCACCAAGUGGAGCAGAUGCUUCAGAAAAUCUCCCCUCUGCAGAAAUGCCAAGAGGAGCUGGACACCUUGAGAGCAGAGCUGGAGGAGAAAAAGAGUUCCCUGAAGCUGUAUCAGAACACUCACCAGGAGUACGCUCGUGUGAAAGAAGAAUGCUUGAAAAGUGAUGCCCAGAAGAAGAAGCUGGAAGCUAAGGUGAAGAAGCUGGAAGAGGCUGCUGUCAAACACACUCAGGACUUCAAGCAAUUGAGAAAUGAAAAGAAAAUACUUGAAAAGGAAUUUAAGAAGACACAGGAAAGGUUUGAUGAAUUUUCCAAACAGAAAAAUGAGAAGGAGUUGAGACACAUUGGAACACAGAUCUCAAGUGACUCUCCUGGAAGCAUAGAUAAAAGGAAGGUGAAAGUUCUCCUGAAAGAGCUGUGGCUCUGUGUGAACACGGCUCACAGGCUGGCUGGGGAGAGCGGCAGGCGCAUCCCAGAAAACCCUGCCAAAGAAAACAGUGUAUCCAGAACUCCUGGGGAAGAUGAGUUGCUCCCAGUGCAAGGCAGUCCUGCCAGGACCUCUGAUAUGCGUUCUUUCUUCACCAAGUUGUCUAUGGAGAUGGAGGGUGACCUGACUUCCUCUGAAAGUACAGAAGAAGAGCUGCCCAGGGGAAGGAGCCCUAGCACUGAGCACGCUCUUCAUGAAGAGAGUCAUCCUGAAGUCUCGGGGCAGAGGCCUGGUGAUGGCAACAGUGACCUCGGCAGGACCAACAUCUGUGACCAUGGACACUUUUUUGACGAUGAUCUGCAAGCUGCAAUUGACUUCUUCAAACUUCCCCCUCCUCUUCUGUCUCCAGUGCCCUCGCCCCCUCCGAUGACAUCACCACACCUCUCUUCCUCCCUGGCACCUGAAUCCUACUUUGGAGAGUUCACAGAUUCCAGCGACAGUGACUCCGCCCCACUUAGAACCUCUGUGGAAUCAGCAUUAGAAGAAUACACAGCGGACACUCAGCGUUACUUGGCAUUGCUUGAAAAACUUAGAAGGAGUGAUACAUACAUGGGACAGCCCAGAUCACAGGAAGUUGCCCCAGCUCUAAACAAACUGGCACCUAUUGGAUUUGAUACCAGAAGAGUAGCACUGGGAGAGCCCUCGGCCACAUCUUCUCUAGCUCGGGGAAGGCACUGGAUAGCAUCCCCUGAAUUUGUGAGGGAUAGGAGAGACAGGAGAGACAUCGUAGAAGAGGCAGAAGGAAAGGUAGAGGCCCAGGAGAUGGAUAAACCUGUUCGAAUUGGGAAAGGGCUGCUUAAGCAUAACAGGAGACUGUGGGUGGAGAGGGCGUCCAGAGGCUCAGCAAGGAAGAAGGUAGCCAGAGCUGGGGAGUCAGAGGUUUGUUCUUCUCCCUUUGGCAAGAGGACAUUCAGUGAACUCAGAGGAUCUGAAGGAAAAACCCUGUCAUCAAAAGCAUUUUGCUCACCCCAGUCGGAAUUUACUAAAUGGACACUCACCAGUGAAUUUGCUUCCAAGUCACACCACAUGUUGGGUUCUGGCCGUUUUCAGAGAAAGGAAAAAGAUGCGCAGGAGUCUACUCUGGAAUCAGGUGUUCGUGCAGCUGCAGCAGGACGUGACCAUUCAGCCAGUCUUCCUUCCUCUUCUACCUCUGUACCAGUGUCUCUCUGCAGUAACCGUAAGGCAGGUACCCCAGACCUGCAUCGUUCUGAGCAAAAGUCACCAACUAGAACUUCAAACACAUUUCUUCUAUGGUCUGAGCCACCAGCACGUUUUCCAAAAGAAAAUGACCCAGAAAACAGCUUGUCUGCCUUGAGCCCCAAGUCAAAAUUAGGAGCAUCUACAUUUAGUGAUCUGAAGAACAGGGGCCCAGAACCUUUAAACAUUUUUAAAAGCACAGGGAAGGCACACUCAAUUCCCCAGUCAGUAUUUCAGAAGCCAACGAGAGGUGGGCAGUGUGGAGGUCGAGGCCGGAUUACACUGCCUAAGUCCGACUGGACUUCCUUAGCACAUUCCCAGGCUGGCUUCACCAGGAGGAGCCCCAGUUCUGCUGACAGCUCAUCAUGGCACCGUAGUGAUGUACUGAGGAGAGGUGGCAAGGGCAACCCAGGAGCUACCUCAGAACACCAGCAAAAGACCAGGCUUCAGCCAGAGAAGGCAGCGUCAGCCUCACAGAACAGCAGAUGGACAGCUGUGCUUGGACCUCCUGGAGAAAGUACCAUCCCUCUGGAAUUCAAAGCAGCUGCUUCUUUGCUGCCAAACCAAGUGUCAGUCAUAACAAAGCAGGCAAGACCCGAGAAGAUGCAGAGUAGCAACCUGGAACACUGGCAGCCACGUGGGAGCGCACUGAGUCCUUCUACAGACAGUGAUGAGGAGACAAAUCCAUCGUUAUCAGAGUAUGAUGGAGAUGAGGAUCCCAUAGCACAGAGCACUGAGGAGAGAGCUGAUGAGGAACGCCCUUCUCCAGAAGUAUCUCUAAGUGACUCCAUGCCAGCAGAGAAUUCUGGUUCUUCUACAGAUAAGUUACUUUUUUCCUCUGAAGACAGCCUCAUCCAGAGCCAGUAUGUCAUGAAAGAACUCCUGCAGAAGCUGAGGAAGUCUCCCCACACUACAGAGUCAGGUGCCAGUAGUCUGGAGGCUGGGAAGCUGCUUCCAGCUGAGGUAACAUCCAGAGACUGUUCUGCUGGAGAGAUGCCCUGUGGAGCUCAUCACCAGGCAAACACUGAGGCCCCUGUAGUUGCAAGAGAUUCUCAUAGUAUUCCACAGAAUGCCAGUACACCUCCCACAGUGCCAAGCAGGCCGCUUCUCAGAACCCAGGUCCCCACCAGCCCUGUGUGCCCUUCAGGGCUUGGGAGUGCAGAUGAAGAAACACAGAGUACCUCCCAAAGUAGGCCGCUUCUCAGAACCCGGGUCCCCACCAGCCCUGUCUGUCCUUCAGGUCUUGGGAGUGCAGAUGAGGAAACACAGAGUACCUCCCAAAGUAGGCCGCUUCUCAGAACCCGGGUCCCCACCAGCCCUGUGUGCCCUUCAGGUCUUGGGAGUGCAGAUGAGGAAACACGGAGUACCUCCCAAAGUAGUCUUCCUGGGGCUUCCUGCUCCUACACUGGCGUCAGAGAGCAGCGAGAGGACACUGAGGGAGAGGACGAGGCCUUUAGCUAUAGUGAGGGAGAGCAGGAGGCUGAAGCUGUGACGGGGCGCCAACCGCAGGAUGCAGCGGGAGACUCACAGAGACAUUUGGGAGACCCAGAGGCCAGGGUGGAUGUGGCUGGUCGUGCCUCAGAUGUAGGUGAUCUGACCUCAGCACUGCAGGAAUGUAACUUAAGCACCUUUCUUUACAUAGACAAGCUUUCUACAUCAGAGGUGGUUAUGUUUCUUGAAAGUUGUCAGUUAAGGGAUUAUAGUUCAAGGGCCUCUGUUUCAGAAUGUUCUAGCAGAGGAACCCUAAAUAAUGAAAUGAACAAAGAGUUCAAGCAGGGCGAAGUCUUCAGAGAGAACCAUGGGAAGAGGUUCAGUGAAGAAAUGCUCCCAGCCUCCUCGGAAGAGCGGGUCGAGUCAGAGGGAGGCAACUGCCGUGUCAGGAAUUCAAGCCAGCAUGCUCAGGGUCCGCUGGAAAUGCCAUCUGAUAAUCUCCCCAAGGCCACAGAAGAACUUCAUGCAAGCCGUGGGGACUGCAGUGGGACAGAUGCGGAGCAAGUGUUGCUCUUAAGUACUCAUCACAGCCAGGCAGCUGAAGAUCGGAUAGAACACACUCGGUCUGAGGAGACAUCCAGCUCCGUGUCCCACACUGCAGAGUUGCCCGAACCAGCUGCUGUGGGUGCUGGAGGCAGCCCCCCCCUAAGCGGCAGGUCUGACCCUGAGCACAUUCCGAGCAGAUCUGAGGAUGAGACCAAUUAUGCGGGGUGCCCCAGCACUGGGGAGGAGGGCCUGGCAGAGCCUGGGGAGCUUCUGGCCCUGAGCUCUGACUCUCUACCUCCACCAAGGACAGAGCAGAGCUCAGACUGUGUGACAGAGACGGCAUUUCGCUAUCAGAUCUCUGCAGUGACCUCAGAAGUUAUAAGUGUACUUAUAAAUAAGGAUCAGGACCUCGUGAUUGAGAAGGGGGACAACUGGACUAUCAUCAGUGGCGUCGCCAUCUCCCCUGGUAUGGAACAAGUCGUUCUGUGUGACACUCUCGAAGCUUUUGCUCCUCAGGACCUGGGAGGCCUAGACAGUGACUAUGUGGAGAAGUCCCCUGAAGCCAGUCCUGAUGGCCCUCUGCCUCAAGGGUCUCCGUGUGGUGGCGGUUUCUCUGCUGCCCGGGAGGAUGUUUCCAGCAGUGGCCAGAGUGCCAACUUUGAUAAGAGUCGUCUUCGGAACAGACCUGUGAAGCCCAGCAUCUGGAUUCGUUCUCAGAUAUAUGACCAGACGCUUGAGACCGAGAAAGUUGCAUCUGAUCACACAUAUUAUAACUGGAAAUUAGAACCACUUGGUAAGAAUAGGACUCGAUCAAAGAUUUCCAGCAAAGAUCAAUCAAGCAAACUGGCAAAGACCCCGGGACUCACCAGAGGGGAAGUGCAUCUGAAUGAAGUCCCUCAGCCAGUAUUAGGGGAAAGAACAAACACAAAAAUGCCAGGAAGCCAAGUUCAGUCCACCAUGGCAGGUGCAGAUAUGUCCACCCCUGCCAACUCUUCCCCUGAUACUCUGAGCAAGAUCCGGCAAGAAGUGGGGCCUCCAUUGCCUCCUUUGCUCCCCCCACUGAUAGCCACCCCUCCAAGGACAUCACGGCCACUGUCUCCUCUGAUACCAAGUUCUAGUCCGUCCUCACUAGCCUCACCUGCUGGCCGUGUUUCCCCCUUGCGUGAAAUUGCAGGGGCUCCUGUGCUGUCUCCGUGGCCUGAGGAGCUCCAGCAGCCUUCCCCGUUGGAUGCCUCCCCAUCCCCAUCUGCUGCUGCAGCAGCCAGCGGAAGGGUAGUGUCUUCUCCUUUGCAGUUCUGUGCUGCUACGCCAAAGCAUGCGCUGCCCGUGCCUGGCCGACUCCCAUCCUGUGCGCCUGGCCAUGCUGCUGUGAGUGGGCCACAGGAAAACUCCGUUAAGAUCCUUGACACGAUGUACCCAGAGUUGUCUGCCAGGGCCCGGACCCUCAGCCUCCUCAAAGGAAACAUGCAGCUGUCCCGAGGCUGCUCUGUGGAUGGGAAGGUGCUGCCCGGUCGUGUCAGUGCCCUGCUGGGACUCAAAGCCAUCACCUCCACGUCCACUGCUUUUGUUCUGACGGGGGGCAGCUCUGGUGGUGACAGUAGCCAAGGUAAGUCACAAGACUUGAAUGCACGGCAGGAUGCAGGUAGGAAAAGAACAUUGGCAGCAUCCAUGCUAAGAAGUGCUAAAAGACUGCGACUGGAGAGUGAGUCCCCGGAGCCAGGCACCAGCCAGGUCACUGCAGGAGGCGUCCCCGAGGAUCCUCCCGGAGGCACCGCACCAGCCGAGCUUGUCCCAGCUGAGGAAGAGCACACUGCUGCCCUGGUCUGCAGUCCAGCAUCACAGCUGCAUGUCAACCCACGGGAGAUGGCAGAGUCCUAUAAUACGGCCAUCUCUCGGGCUCUGAGGAAGAUCGCUGAGUCCUCCUUUGACCUGCUACCUGUCAUUCGCAGUCACGUGUACGUGGGAAAUAUCUCCAGAAAGCCUGUCAUGAGAGAUCAAGAGAAGGAAGUUGUUUAUGAAUUCAGCACCACAAACAAGCAUUUAGGAGAAUACUUACUUCGCUCUAUUCUCUCAGAGCUAAAGGUUCAGAAGACAUCUCUUGACCACAGUUACAUCCAUGCACUGUGCAGAGUAUAUGUGGGCAUUUGUCGGCAACUUGGAGACUUGGAAAGAGCUCGUUUGUUCUGUUACAGCCUUCUGAAAGAAGAUUUUCCAGAAUCUGAGAAGUUGACUCUGUUCAUUGCCAACAUGUGGCGUGAAGUGUUUCUCUCCCAGUCGGCCGUUAGUGAGGCCAUGCAGCUGGUCGCCCGGCAGCGGGCCAGAGGAGAGGUGUUGAACUGCCUGAGGGUAUUCCUCAGCUGGGAAAAGAAUGCUCCUAUUGAUGUUGGAAUCGUGGUUUCUAAGCUGCUUUUGACCAUACAGCUAUGCCCCAAAACAGAAUUUCAGUCCAGUGAAGAAUUUGGUGAAGACUUAAGUGCAAACAUUUGGGAAUACAUAUUUGCCAUUGAUCUCCUCUGUUGCCACCAGAGGUGGAUUUGGACACAUGAUAACAUCAUAAGUAAGGAGCUGUGGCCUGUAAUGGACAAGUGGAUCAAGUACAGGAAAGGACAUUCGAACAUUGCAUACACCCCUGAUGUCAUCGUAGCGUCUGUACUGAGACUGAUCGGUCGAUUAGGCCAGUUGGGUUUGAAGGAAGGGUUUCCAACUGCUGUGAAGAAUAUCAGCUCGGUUAUUGGUAUGUUCAUACAGCAUGCUCAGGAUGAAGAUAUCCCAUGGGGUGUACAGCUUGCAGCUGUUUAUGCCCUUUGUGACUUGAGUCCUAGCAAUCCAGCAGAGAUAUCCAGGAUCCUGGAAGCUUGGCGGACACAGACUUCCAACACUAUUCCAUCUGCAAUCGUCAGCUGCCUGGAAGAAGUUGGAUCCCUGAGUGUUGAGCGCUCAGCUGGCUCCACAAGUACAGGAGACUCUGCACCCUGAGAGCUGGGGGUUCAGCUCCCUGAGAUGAGAAGGUCACCUGCAGGUCAUGGUCACUGUGCAGAGAAGUGCCUUGACACCUCUUGUUGUGAAGGAUUAACUGCCUUUAGCUAACUGAGGUCCAGCAGAGGAAGGCAUACAGCAGAGGGCAGUGCGAGGCUCUCACAUGGACUGUGUACAGACGGCCAGUCUGAGGCGGCAGCAGAGCCCUGUGGGGUAUGUGCACAGGGACAGCCCUGUGGGGUAUGUGCGUACAGACAGUGCUGUCUAUGAUGUGUCUCACAUUGGAUGAUAUUCCACUUUCGGAAUUUUUGUAUUUGUAUAUAGAAAUGGGUUUAAUAACUCACUGUGAUUCCAAUUUGUCUUAUAUUCAUCAUUUCUUAAAACUCUUGUAUGUGUUUUUAUAAUAAAAAAUAAAAGCAAGCCAUAUACACUGUU